AUGGCACAAGUUGUAGUUACAAUUGAUUGGAUUUGUGUUAUUUUAUUUAUUCUUGGUUUUAUUGGUAAUCUUCUUGGUCUUGUAGUUUUUUCAUCACGUCGCUUUCGUUGUUGUUCCACAUAUGCUAGUUUAGCUUUAGCAUCAUUUUCAAUUAAUUUAAUAUGUGUUAUACGUUAUACAUUAUUGCUUCAUUCAACAACACGACGAUGGUUAUCUGAUAAUAUUGUUGGUAUACAUUGGUUAACAUGUAAAAUUUUUCGUUUAUCAUCAUCGUUUCGUGUACUUGCUGCAUGGAUAACUGUUUUUUGGGUUAUUGAAAGAUUUGUAUAUGUUACAUCACGUUUACAUUUAUCAUAUAAUCGUGGUGAAAAAUUUCAUUUCUUGGAAAAAUAUAAAUAUUUAUGUAUGAUUAUAAUUGCAUUAAUUAUGGUUAUUAUCGUAUCGGGUCCAACUGUGAUUUUUUUUGCACCAAAUUUUGCAAAUCCUAAUACGACACAAUCAUCAAUACAUUGUACAUAUGAUAAUCAGCAUCUAUCAUUUAUGUGGCAAAAUUAUUUUGAUGACUUAUCAUUUGGAUUUAAUUAUCACACAAUACGAUGUUUAUUUUCAGAAUUAAUACCAUCAUUAUUAGUUGCUUUAUUUAAUAUUGGUAUAAUAGCAUGUAUUUUACGUACAACAGCACAUGUUAGACGACGACAACAAUAUAAUCAUAAUAGUCCUUUAUCAAUGCCAAUAACAAUUGGUUCAACAACAAAAAUGCCAGCAUCAUCACCAUUAUAUUUAUAUGAUAGAAGUCAACAAUUACAACGACAAAGUUCAUCAAGACAAACGUCAUUAAAAGGAUCAACAAAUUCAAAUACAAGUGUACCAUUUGGAAAAAUGUCUUGGAUGAAUAUUGUUUUAUUAUUACAUUCAUUAUUAUUUUUUCUUUCAUCAAGUAUAACAUCAUUGAUUUUUUUUUCAACAUCAAAUCUUAUAUUAGCACAUUGGGUUAGUGUUAUUAUAUUAGCAAAUUGUUCAUUAAAUUUCUAUGUUUAUUGUCUAAGUGGAAGACAAUUUCGUAAAGAAUUAAAACGUAUUGCUAAACGUUAUAUAAGACAUAUUAGUAAAGCAGUUUUACGAAAUCGUUAUUCAAAUGAUCGUCGUCGAUCACCAAUACAAAAUGGACAAAAUAAUAUUCAUCAACCCGUUUAUCAAAUCAAACAACGAAACCAUCUUGGUAAACAAUGCAUGAAAUCUUAUCCUACACAUCAAGUCAUGAAACAGAAAGAAUGA